AUGGUCGGCCUGACGCGAAUUUUACACAUGCUCUCCAGCGAGGAUGCUCGUGCUUCACAUCUGGUGUCUCGGGACCCUAGUUCCGCCCAUGAACCGCUGAGUAGCAGUGAUAGGGCAGGCUUCAUUUCGAUGGGAGUUAUUGCCUCUCUCUCCUUUGUUUCAACUUUCGUUCUUUUAUGUUUCCUUUCCUACCGCUUCAUAUUCUGGCGGAAAUACUACAAGCGACCCCUUUCGGAGAACCAGUACGUCGUGCUUAUUUACAACCUGCUUCUGGUCGAUAUCCAACAAGCCACGGCAUUCUUGAUAUGUCUUCAUUGGGUUUCGAAGGGGGCUGUUUAUUAUCCAAGCGCUGCCUGUGUCCUUCAAGGGUGGUGGAUUCAGGUCGGUGACCCUGGGAGUGGGUUGUUCGUCAUGGCAAUUGCAAUGCAUACUGGUGCGGUCGUCUGGCGAGGUCGCCAACUACCAUAUGGGAUCUUUGUGGCCUGUGUUGUCGGACUCUGGGCCUUCAUCAUCUUACUGGGAUUGAUUCCUGUUGGAAAGUUCACUUCCAAUACAUUUGUCAUCUCCGAAGCUGGAUGGUGCUGGAUUAGUCGCGAUCAUGAGACGGCGCGACUUUGGGUCCAUUAUCUUUGGAUUUUCCUCGCCGAAUUCGGAACUAUCGUUCUAUACGGGAUCCUAUUCUUCUACCUCCAGCGCCGUAUGAGACAGGCUGCGAUGCUUAGACAAAACCACCAGGAAAACCUGAAACGUCUCAAUCGAGUGGUCAUUUACAUGGUUAUCUAUCCCUUGGUGUACCUUGUUCUGUCGCUUCCAUUGGCGGCCGGUCGGAUGUCCACUGCCCGGCAUAUCAUCCAGAGCCGAGCAUACUUCGCUGUUGCUGGGUCUCUGAUGGCUAUUUCUGGUUUGGUCGAUGUACUAGUCUAUACCCUGACCCGUCGUCACCUCCUGCUCGAGACCGAACUCAGCACUUCGGACAAGAUGUAUGCCUACUCGAACUCGAACGCGUACCAAACGCAUAUUACUACUACAAGGGACAACAAAAAGUUCCGUGUCGGGUCUCGCCUGCGUCGUGGGCUGCAGAGCGUCAACGAUACGGUAAAUGACGACCGGGGCGAUUCUACCGAAGACAUUGUCCGCAAGGGCGACAUGGAGCUAGUUGACAUGGGUCAAGGUGUGUACCAGGAGACGACGAUUGAGAUUUCGCACGAGCCAGCGGAUCCCGAGGAAUACCAGAGAGAGAGCGGACGAGUGAGUGAGUGA